UCAAACAAACACAGCAUAGAAAAGAAAAUAUAGGUAGCAUUGGGUUUUAUAUUGAGACAUGUAAUCAGAUAGCAUUGAUCCAAGAGAAGCACAGGAAUCUAGUCUCUCUUUCUUCCCAAACACAGCAACCAACAACAUCAAUCCACGUUCUUGAUUCAGUGCUUCAACUCCAAGGAGCCAAGCCACACAUAAUCACUGCUUUUUUGACACCAAAAAGUUCCCAUUUUCCACCUUCCAUCUUUUUCUUCAUUCUCUCUUACUAAGAUUUUGCUGCUUCCAGCUUAAGACCCACCAAGAUUCUAACACCCAUUUGCAUUCUUCCAUGGGGAACUGUUUAGGCUCGUCGGAAAAACUGACGGCGGAGAUCGUACCACACGGCGGAGCCACCGCGUAUCCUACUGUUCGAUUACACGGCUCGCCGAACAGCAUUGUAGCCGCCUACAUUGGCUUCGCCAAUCUCCCCAACACCAUUCCGCCGGAGGUCGUCCCCACCACCAGACCUUCGCCGGAACCGCCGUCAUCAACGGCGCGUGUCGGAAGAUCCGCGUGGAUAAGGCCGGUAACGCAGCAGGUUGGAGCAGGAGCUGAGUGGGGAUCCCGCGACGCGCUUGUCCAGUUCAUCGACGCGCGGUUCCCGGAUCUUUCGGCGAUUGGCGGUGGCGAGGAGGAAACGACGACGGCGUCGUUGAUGGUGAGGGUGACGCGGCUGCAGCACAAGAGCAUGACGUGGCACGUGGAGAGGAUGGUGAGGUGGGGGGAGGAUCUGGCAACACGUGGAGGGAGGAAGGCCGUUGAUCCGAAGGUGGGGAGUUGGAGAAUGGAGAUGAGGAAAUUUGGGAAGAGCUACUCUGAGGUGCUGGAGGUGAUGAUGGAGCACGCGCGGAUGGAGGAGACUGUCCUUUUCCCUAUUUUAGAUGCUGCUGAUCGAGGGCUAUGUAAAGCUGCAAAGGAGGAACAUGCUAGGGACCUACCCAUAAUGAAUGGCAUCAAAGAAAUUAUCAAAUCCAUUGAGGUUUUAGAAUCCAGCAGCCCUAAGUACCGAGAUGUUUUGUACACUCUUUCUGCUCGACUUAAAUCAUUGCAGGGACAAUGCAAGCAACACUUUAUGGAAGAGGAUUUGGAUUUACUUCCAUUAAUGGAGGCAAUGGAGUUGAGCAAAGAGCAGGAUGAGAGUGCACUGGAGGAAUGUUUCCAUGUGAUGCAAGGAACACAUAAUCGGUUGUUGAAGUUUCUUCUUGAAGGGCUCUCACCCCACGAUGCAAUGCAGUACUUGGACUUGAUUGGAAAGUGCAGGGACAAAGGGAGAAUGGAAUUCAUGCUUCGGAAGAUAGUUGAGUGAGAUAUCUUCAUGUAGCUAGGUCCAACCAUAACACGCCAAAGGAUGAACCGUGAAGUUGAUAUAGUCAAUGCAAAAAAAUUCAAACUUUAGGAAUUACUUGGAUUCUUUUGCUUUUGUUGUCAAUAACUUCAUCUUAAGUUUACCAUGCACCCUGACCAUUGGUUAAGGGAAUAGAAAGUAGGAUAGGUUUUGACAAAGUAGGGCAAUUUAUUUUCUUAUUUUCCCUUGAUGGUUUGGAUAAGGUUGUUUAUAUGUCCCUACAUGAUCAAGUACAUAUUUGUACCUGAAAUUUAUAUAUUCAUAACUUCCGGUCUGACUGAUUUGAUUUGUAAGAAGACAGUUUAAUUAAUUUAAACACAAGUA